UCAUCGCGGUAGAAUGACAGUUCCGAUGAAAGGAACACGCGUAUCAGUAUGUAUCGCACAUUUCAGUAAUCGAAACGAAAUCAUUGAUGAUGAGUUGAUAAUCGAUGGCUUAUUGUUAUGAUAAUAGAAUCGCUCGGAGUGAAUAAUUUCAAUUUUUUGUGUAAUAUGUUGCAUUGUUUUAACUCAUUUUUACCCGCCUAAAAUUUACAUUCCAACGAUAUUACUAUAGUAGUGAAAGAAAAUAUAUAUAUAUAAAAUUUGUUUUUUUUAAUGUAUUAAAAAAUUUACUUAAAUUGUAAAUAAAUUAUCUGUGACGAAUCUUUGAACAUGGAACGUACUAUGUCUCAUGAUUCCGAAUACGACGAUGCUUUAGCUGUACCUGAUUCUUUGGAUUUAACAAUUAACGAAAAUGGAGAGGCAAUAAAUAUUUCAAACAAUGAGGAUAAUAUCGAAGAAAGAGAAUGUACUGGUGUAAUACCAUUUUCUGCCAUACACAACAUUCCUAUAAAACUAAAACAAUACCGUCAAAAUAUUUUUAUACCUUGCGAGGAAGUUCAUGUAAGAAUUAUAAAUAAUGAAUAUAGUAUAACUAUGCAUCCUUUAAAUCCAAAUUUAUAUACUAUAGAAUUUACGCAUGGUCCGUUUUCUUGGACAAUUAAAAAGAGAUACAAGCAUAUACAGAAUUUGCAUAAUCAAUUAAAAAUCUUUAGAGCAAGUUUAAACAUACCGUUCCCAACUAAAGGACAUAGAGAAAGAAGGAAUAGUUUAAAAUGUAUGGCACAUUCAAGAGAAAAAAUGAAAGACAGAGGUGUUUUGCCAAGGUUUCCAAACAGACCAGAUGUUUUAGUACCUUACGAACAAUUAAAUGAUAGAAUGAAAGCUCUCGAAAAUUAUCUGAAUAAUUUGAUUAAAAUGGAUAUUUAUAAACAUCAUCCUGAAACGAUCAACUUUAUGGGAUUAUCAUAUCUUUCAUUUAUCGCUGAUUUAGGAAUGAAAGGUAAAGAAGGAAUAGUCCUGAAACGUACUGGUUCAGGAGCUAGAAGUAGAUGUAAUUUCUGUGGUUUACUCGAAGGCAUGUUUUGUGUUAGAUGCAAUCAUUUGUGUGCUUUGAUCUGUGGUAAAUGGCAUUCUCGACAUCUGAUUGUCAAAGAUACCUUUAUAGCAUAUAUGGAUCCUAAAGAUGGCAAACUAAAAUCUGUUAUUUUAAUGGAUAAUGCUUUUGAUAUUAGUUCUGGAAUGUAUACAACAGGAUUACGAAAUGGAUUACAAAUAACAAAUCAAAGCAGACAUAUCGUCUUCAAAUGUUGGACACAUAGACAAGUUAAAGAAUGGAUAGAAUUUAUACAGGAGGUUAUAAAUAAAGAAGGCAAGGAUUUUAUACAAAAGAAUCUAUAUAAUUCCUUUGCUCCACAACGCUCUCCUAUACCGGCAACUUGGUUUGUGGAUGGAUGCAACUAUAUGUCAGCUGUGGCUGAUGCAUUAGAAAAUGCUAAAGAAGAAAUUUUUAUUGCGGAUUGGUGGCUCUCUCCAGAAAUUUAUAUGAAACGUCCACCGAUAAAUGGAGAUUAUUGGAGGCUAGAUAUAAUUUUACAAAGACAAGCAAUGAAAGGUGUUAAAGUAUUCAUAAUGAUAUACAAAGAAGUGGAAGUCGCAUUGGGUAUAAAUAGUUUUUAUAGCAAACAACGACUCGUAGAAAAAUGUCCUGAGAAUAUUAAAGUUUUGAGACAUCCAGAUCACGCAAGAGUUGGAGUAUUUUUUUGGGCACAUCACGAAAAAAUCGUAGUCGUUGAUCAAAGUAUCGCAUUUCUCGGUGGCAUUGAUCUAUGUUACGGUAGAUGGGACAAUAAUGAACAUAGAUUAAUCGAUUUAGGAUCAGUUCAACAUUCCAGUAUAUACAUUCCAUCAAAAGGAAAAACUGUAAAUACAAGUAGUAAACGAGUAACACGAUGUAACAUUAGAAAUCACGUAUUACUUCCAUUAGCUAUCGCAACUAAUACAAUAGCUAUGGCAACUACAAAAACUAUACCAAUAUUACCUAUGGUAAAUAAGACAUUAAAAGAAGAAUAUUUACCACAAUUGAACACAGGUGAACUACUUAUAAUGCCAACUCCACAAGAAUUCGAUACUAUGAAAUGCAAUACUCCAGAACCACAAAGAAAAAACUUAUUCGACAUGGCGAUAACAACAGUUGGAAAAGUGAAGGACAAUAUAAAGAUAAAACGAAAGGAACUUAUAAACAUGGUGUAUAGUUCACACGAAGAAAGUGAUAAUGAACAUGAUGAAGUUGACAAUGCGACCAUGCUAACACCUCUUGGAGAUACCGAAGGAAUUUUAUAUGAAAAAACAGAUAUAUUUGACAUUCCUGAUACAACUAAAUUAUGGCUUGGAAAGGAUUAUACAAAUUUUAUUGUAAAGGAUUUCAAUGAUUUGGAAAAACCGUAUCAAGAUUUAGUCGAUAGAAGUACAACUCCUAGAAUGCCAUGGCACGAUGUAGGAGUUUUGAUACAAGGAGCAGCAGCUAGAGACGUUGCUAGACAUUUUAUUCAACGUUGGAAUGCUAUUAAAAUAGAGAAAGCAAAAUUAAAUGCUACCUAUCCAUUUCUACUGCCAAAAUCUUAUAAAGACUAUAGAAAUAAUGCUUCGUUCAUUCCACAAAAUAAUGUACAAAAUGUUAAAUGUCAGGUAUUACGAUCAGUUAGUUCUUGGUCUGCUGGCUUUCUUGAUUCAGAUGUAAGAGAAGCUAGUAUACAAGAAGCGUAUAUAGAAGCAAUAAGUAAGGCUGAAAGAUAUAUAUAUAUAGAAAAUCAAUUUUUUAUAACGCUCGCAACGAUGGAUACAAAUUACGUUAAGAAUCGUAUAGGAGAAACUUUAUUAAAAAGAAUUUUACGAGCGCACAGAGAAGGUGCUAUUUUUAGAGUAUUCGUCGUCAUGCCUUUGCUACCUGGUUUCGAAGGUGAAGUUGGUGGUCCGUCUGGAACAGCUCUACGUGCUAUAACACAUUGGAAUUAUGCGUCUAUAUCAAGAGGUAGAAAUGCUAUUAUAAAUCGACUCAUUGAAGCAGGCAUAUCGGAUCCUAGCGAAUAUAUCACAUUCCAUGGAUUAAGAGCUCAUUCUAUGCUGAAUGGUACUCUGGUGACUGAACUCAUCUAUGUUCACAGUAAGCUAAUGAUUGUAGAUGAUAACACAGUAAUUUGUGGUUCUGCUAAUAUAAAUGAUAGAAGUAUGAUAGCUACUAGAGAUAGUGAGAUAGCUGUGAUUAUUCAAGAUUUAGAAUUCGACGAAGGUAGAAUGAAUGAUAUAGCUUUCCCAUGUGGAAAAUUUGCUGGAUCUUUCAGAAAGCAGCUAUUCCGUGAACACUUAGGAUUAUUAAAAAGCAACGAAGAUAUUAACCUAACUGAUAUAAUUAAAAAAAGUUUUUAUAAGGAUAUAUGGUGUACAAGAAGCAAAAAUAAUACCGAGAUAUACGAAGAAGUUUUCCAUUGCAUUCCAACUAACAAAGUUAUUAACUUUGCUACUUUAAAACAGUAUCAAGAUGAAGCCUCUCUCAGUUCUACAGAUCCAAUUUUAGCUCAAGAAAUGGUAGAAAAUAUUAAGGGUCAUUUGGUAGAUAUGCCACUACAUUUCUUAUGCAACGAAGAUUUAAAACCUGCGGCUAGUACAGUUGAAGGGAUAAUGCCAACAGCUUUAUGGACUUAAAAUCUUAAAAAAAAAAAGUAUAUAAUAACAUUUAUGCAACUAAUACUGUGAACAGCUGGAUAUAGCUAAAAACGAAGUAACUUGCUCGAAAACAUUUUAGAAAAUUGUACUAGCAAUUUUUGACAAAAGAAAUGUUAGAAAAUUUUACUAAUGACUUAACAUAAAAGUUUUAGAAAUUUUUACAGAAUUUUUAGGAACAGCUAAUUUAAUUGUUAUGAAGUAUAUUUUAAUUUAUUACGAAAAAUAGAAGAAAGAUAGAGAAUACGACUGUUAAAAUAUUAAGAAUAUCUUGCAUUUCAAGACAUCUACCUCGUUUAAAUAUAUAAAUAUAAUUUUAAUAUGUUGAUGAAUCCUCUUGAUUACAGCUUGUUGUCCCACGAUGAAUCGAUGAUACUAAAUAUGUAUAGUUGUUGAAGUAUUAUUUUUAUACGAAACUUGUUACGUCGAAAAUAUUACUAUUUGUUAUACGUUAUACUAAUAUGACGAGCAAUAAGACAGUAUAUAUAUAAAUAUAUGUAUUUAAAUAUGA